UUUCUUUUAAAAUUUAUGAUUAAACUUUCCUCUCGGCAAAAUCUUUAUUCUCAAACUCAUUUUUCAAAAGUGUGAUAUCACGAAAUUUAUAUGCUGUCUUAAUAUACAGGUAUAUAUAUAUGUCAUGACACUGUUGUAUGCUGAACAUGAUGACCAAGUAAAAUUCUUAAUGAUGGGUAAAAAGGGAUCCAUAAGGAUCCUUAUAAGGGACGCUGCAUUGACAUCAAAUUCUUGGAAAGAAGAAUAUUUAGAGAAUAUCCAAUAUUAACUAUCAACUUUGAGAAUAUUACAUUUGGGCUGAUUUAUUGAAAAUAAAUUUUCUCUUUCUAGAUGAACUUCCACAUUGGUCACGAAGAAACAGUUUUGUUCUCAUUUUGGAAGAUAACAACUUUAGGUGAUUUGAUUGGUUCUAGUAUUGGAAUAUUUUUCCUCGCUGUCUUAUAUGAGGGUCUGAAAGCGUUACGCAAAUAUCUGCUGCGCAAUGGGACCAACUCACAUCCGAAAAAGAGAGCAGAGCGCAGUACAAGAAAUGCCACCCGCUCCUUGCAGCAGCCAACGCUGUUCAGUUUAGACCACAUAUUACAGACAUUACUGCACAUUAUCCAAAUUACUCUUAGCUAUUUCCUCAUGUUGAUAUUCAUGACGUACAACGUGUGGUUGUGUAUUGUCGUGACACUCGGGGCAGGUGCUGGAUAUUUUGUGUUUGGCUUGAAACGUGGAGUCGUAGACGACAAGAAUGAACAUUGCAACCAAUGGGAUGAACAACCUAUGAAUCCGAGGAACAACUAAGCAACCCGGGAAUCAGAAUGUAACGUUCUAAUUAAAAGAAAUACUCCUAAAUAUGCAAUGUACUGGCCCGUUACCAAGGGGGAGGGGACUUUUAAUGAGACCGCUCCUCCCCUGGAUACGGGCCUGAUGUGCCACAAUUGAUCUUGUAGAGCCCAU